UGUUGUUUAAUUUAGAGGAAAUGCACUUUUUAACCUUUCAUAACAAAGACUGCUUGAUUGAACAUAAAUAGUAUUUAUUUUCCCUUAUUUCAUGUUUUCUGGUACAGUAUAUCUCAUACAUUUGUAUCUAGUGUGAGUAAUACAAAUUUUGUUUAGGAACACAACAGGAACUAUAAAUAAAUGCUUUGACAGUUAUUAUCUCCCUUUACAGCCUUGGUUGUUUUAGUUCAUGUAGAACAUUAAAACUACAGCUUUUUGAUCCAUGUAAGCUUGCAUUACCACUCUUUUAGCCUGCUAAAUUUCGGAAAUCGACUGGUCCAUCAUUCAAUUUGGACAGUACCACUUAUUUUUCCAAGGGGUGUUCACUAAAAAAUUUACUGACUGAAUAGCAUCAGCAGUGACUGGGAAACCCAUGCGCCAUAGUCACAUAAAAAUGAAAAAUGUCUCACGAGUUUAAGCGCUGGUGCGCCCUGCGUCGCAUAAAAACGCGAAAGGAUGAAAUUUCGAAUAUUUUUGAGUACGAAUCUAAGGUAAAGGGAUGUAACUUGUGCGCGAAGUGAAAGCGCUUCCGGUAUUGAAAAACGUUUGUUUUGGUAGAAUAUCUUUCUUUCUAGUCUUCGUUUUAUGCCAGUUUUCAAGUAUGACCUCCAGAAAGAGAAAAUUGUUGCCCAUUAAAGGUCAACAGAAGUUACCAUUUUUGCAAAAGGAUGUCAACAAUAACGAGGUACCAAAAAAUGACACUUCGUUUGACAGUCAAUCAGAGACCGAGGUUGAUCACAAAAAGUAUAGUCAGUCAGAGCCUGAAGCAACUGCCUCUACUUCAAAAAACAAUAGAAAAAUUCAAUCUAAUUGGUUCAAACUCUGGCCUUGGCUAUAUGAAUCUGAUGGUGUAUUAUACUGUGAGCCAUGUGUUGAUAACAAGAAGAAAAACAAUUUUGUAACUGGUUGCGCUGUGUAUAAAACCACAUCAAUGACAAGACAUGAAGCACUUUCUGACCAUAUUAACGCAACUGAGGCCCCAAAACUUGCUACUGAAUUUCAGCAGGCAGUCCAGCAAUCACACUCUUUAGAAGAUAAAGCUGUUUUGAAGUGUAUAAAAACAGUAUUAUGGUUAGCACAGGAAAACAUUCCAUUAAAUAAGUUUGAGAGCAUAUUUGAGCUUUUUCGAGAACUGGAUGUGCCUGACCUGGAACCACUGAGGUUAAAUAAACAUGUAAAUUAUGAAAAUUAUUAUACAAGUACAGAAAUACUUGGAGCUAUCAGUUGUGUUAUAGACAAUGAAAUAAAUGUGAAAUUAGCCCAAUCACCAUACAUAACAGUCCUAGCUGAUGAGAGCACUGACCUUGCUAAUAAAAAAAGAAUUACUUCGAAUGCUCGUAUUGUGAAUGGUACAACAUCAGAACCAGAAACUGUAUUUUUAAGUGACCACGAGUAUGAAGAUGGUACUGGAAUAGGUCUAGCAACUGUGAUCUUGCAAGAAAUGCAAAGACGUGAUAUUAGUGUUGACAGACUAAUACGGUUUGGAUCAGAUGGUGCGAGUGUGAUGUCUGGAGGAAAUAAAGGUGUCAAGGGUAUAUUACUUCAGAAACAGCCCCACCUUAUCCACAUCCACUGUAUGGCCCACCAUUUGGCUUUAUGUACAAGCCAGGCAGCUGAUCUAGUACCAGCUAUCAAAUGCUACCAGCAAUGGCUCACAUCAUUGUACUAUUACUUCAGUCAGUCUAGCUGAAAGGAGCAAGAGCUACAUAAACUACAAGAGAUCCUUGAGAGUCCUACACUUAAGUAUAAGGAAAUACAUGCUGUAAGGUGGCUCUCAGUUUAUCAGGCUGUGGAAGCAAUAUACAGAACAAUAGAUCCUUUGAUGUCAUACCUCCACCAACGUGAGGCUGCAAAAGAUUCAAAAUCAAAAGGGCUCCUGAAGAAAAUGGCCACGGUAGAUUUUAUAUACAUCACAUA